AUGGAGCUAUUCCCGUGGCCUUGGUGCUUCUUCAUGCUGCUGCUCCUCGUCAUCCUCCCUGCUCUUGCACUCCUCGAGCUGCAAUCUCAUCUGACUCGUCGAACUUCCGCGCCAGGGACAAGGUUGCCGCCUGGCCCGUGGCGGUUCCCGAUAAUCGGCAGCCUCCUCCACCUGCUGACCACGGACGACCCGCGGCUCGUGCACCGCGCCUUGGCCGCACUCGCGCGCCGCUACGACGCCCCCGUCAUGUACCUCCGGCUCGGGGAGCUGCACGCCGUCGUCGUCUCGUCGGCCGACGCCGCGAGGGAGGUCGUCAGGGAGCACGACGCCAACUUCGCCACCCGGGCCAUGACCGCGGCCGUCAGGGCCACCGUCGGGGACAAGGUGGGGAUCGUCCUCUCGCCCCACAGCGUCAUGUGGCGGAGGCUCCGAAGGAUCUGCACCGCCGAGCUCCUUAGCGCGAGGCGCGUCCGGUCCUUCCGCUCCGUCCGCGAGGACGAGGCCGCGCGCCUCGCCAGCGCCAUCGCCACCGGCGAGCGUCAGUUGAUCAACGUCAGCGAGCUGGUGUCUCGGUUCGUGUCCGACACCGUCCUGCGCGCCAUCAUGGGCGAGCGGUUCAGGUGGCGGGACGAGUUCAUGGCGACGCUGGCGAAGGCGAUGACGAGGGGCGCCGAGUUCGGCGCCGCAGACCUGUUCCCGUCGUCGAGGCUCCUCCGUGCCGUUAACGGCGCGGUGAGGGAGUCCAGGGCGCUGAACGCCAGGCUGUUCGAGCUGGUGGACCGCGCCAUCGACCAGCGCCGCGGGAGGAAGGCUGGAGCGGAUGCCGAGGACGUCGGCGCCGACGAUGCACGCGACUGCUUGCUCGAUGUGCUUCUGAGGUUGCAGGAACACGACGAUGAUCUCGAUCCCUCUCACCAUGGCGACCGUGAAAGCUGUCAUCCUUGUACAUGCCACGUCAUAGCUCCUGCUCUUUCACUUUUCUGUUUCCGACCAAACAAAAUACUGCUUUACACUCUUUAA